AUGCCUAGCAAAGGACUGUCCAGCCGUCUGCAGGGUCUCAAGUUCAUGCAGCGUGCUUCAGCACGCGAUGAAUUGAAAGAUACGAAGCCGAGUCCCGCGUCUUCGAAGGCAAAUUUCCCAGCAGAGGGCAUGUCUGGGGAUGAGACUGAGGCCAAAGAUGUAUCUCGCAAUGCAGAGCAUUGGGUUGUGCCUGUCAAUAUGCGUGUCAAGACCAAAUCUGUCCAACGUGAUACAUGGAAUUGGGAUUCUUGGUUCCAGAAAGCUACAGAAACGGACUUUGUUCCUGCGCGCCAACAAUUUGGGUCAUGGAAGGGGCGGCGAAACCAGGGCGACGAUGAAUUCGAGGAGGAUGUGUCUGAUAAUGAUGAGGAAUCCUAUGAUGAUGGUGAUGAUGAGUCUUUUAGCUCUGCUCCUUCCUCGCCAGCCGACAAGGGUUUCCUUAAGCCACCGAGUGCGCAACAAUCAUCACAGUCGGCACAAAAGCGUCGCGCGUCCAGCACUUGGGAUGAGCCAUCUCGUUCCAAACUCGCAGCAGUGGCAGACAAAUCACAAGGUCUGCGCAAAAAAAAGCUGCGCUAG